AGCCUUAUGUGUUGAUUGAGCAAGGUACUCAGUCCUCUUCUGUGCUCUUCCUUCUUCCUUCUUAGUAUCUAGACCUUCAGGUAGACCCAAAAGAUCAGGCUUAAAAACUGCACUUUGACUGCAGGAGGCAUCAGCCCGCGCAAGAGAGAGAGCAAAAGGAAGGCACGCUUGGUAUGUAUUUUACCUGGGAAAAGCAAAACCAGUUCCACGGACCACAUUCAACCCCAUAUCCUCAGAAGGGCAGUCCUGUUAUUAGGCAGUUCUUUGCUACUUCAGCAGCUAUUUAUAGGAGCGAUUGCAAAAAAGAAUUAUUGCGAAGAACCUCGAGGCAAGAGUCUUUUCCACUCUCCAAGAGUCUUUUCCACUCUCCGCUCUUUUGCCGUUCAGCUCGUGGGCUGCAUUUUAAGAACCAGUGAAAUGGCAACCUCAUGAAAAUCUGUAAGGAUGGACAGGCAGAAAAAACGGGUCGCUGAUCGUCAGCGACAGGAAGAUCCAGAAAGUGGCAAAGUAGAAGACGACUCUGGAAUCCAGCUGGAUGUGUUAGCCAAAGCGCACGAAUUCUUCCAGAUCUGCGAUACAGAAGGGAAGGGGUUUAUCGCGCGCCAUGACAUGCAGAGGCUCCACGGGGAGUCACCUCUUGACCCAGAAGAGCUGGAGAAAGUAUUUGACACUCUGGAUGCAGAUGGAAACGGCUCCCUUACGCUGGAAGAAUUCACCACCGGAUUCAGCCAGUUUUUGUCUAGGAGGAAAGAAUCUUUGUCCGAGGGCCGUGGAACUGGAAGCAGCUUCCAUCCUAAAGUGAAGGGGAGCAUCGCAGAAGGAAAUGAGGAAGAAGACCAGUUUUCCAAUCUUAUGGAACGGCUUGGAGCCGAGACUAUCUUGAAGGAUGAAAAUGAUGUAAAAAAACUCUGGCUUCAUCUGAGGAAACGUGAGCCUCACCUACUUUCCAAUUUUGAAGAGUUCUUGUCCAAAAUCUUCUCUCAGCUCCAGGAAGCCAAUGAUCAAAAGAACACUUUGGAGUGCAUCUUGGAAAACAAAAUGUCCGCCUACGAUGACAAAAUCCAGCGACUGUACGAAGAAAUGGAGCAGGAGAUCAAAACUGAGAAGGAAAAGGUCGUGUUGGAGGGCGCUGAGAAGUUCCAGUCCCGACACCAGGAACUGGAGCGCAAACUUGUUGAAAAGGAGAAGGAAUUGGAGCAACUGUCUCAGAAGCAGAAAACAUUGGACAAACAAUGCAAAGAGCUACGUAAUGUUAGGUAUGACACUACCACCGAAAAUACCAAAUUGAGGGUUACUAACCAAGAGCUUCUGAAUUCGCUGGAGAGAACCUCAGAGGAGUUAAUUAUUGCCCAACAGCAGCUGCAAAUACUUCAGGAUGAAGCUAAAAAGCUGCAGGAAGAAAAGGAAAUUGAGGUUUGCCGAGUGACCGAAAUAUUAGAGAAGGAGAAAUUAGGACUUCGUAAACAGUUGGAUUUUUUGAGGGAAAGGAACAAACAUCUGAGUGACCAACGCGACGUGUGCCUUCAGCAGAAAUCCGGGUACGAGGCACCUGUCAGUCGGACGCAAAGGUCAGGCUCCAUUAUCGGCAAAUAUUUGGAAAGAGGUUCAUUGAGGAGCGAGCCUUCGGAAGACGAGACCUUUAGCGCGUCCCAAAGAAGAGGUUCCCUCGUUGGGAAUGUAGAUCUUUCAUUGGAUUCCGAGCCCCAUAAACCUGGGGGGCAGAUCCAGAGGAACCCGUUCAGAAGGUUAAUAUCCAUUGAGGAAGACCAUCUGCCGCACCUUCUGAAUAGGACCGAGAGGCAACUGAUUGGAUGGUCUGAAGAAGAUGGAGGUGAACCAGGACCGGGUGUGAAUGGAAGUCAACGGCAGCCACUGGCUGAACCGUCUCAUACCUCAUCCAGGGAAGAGCCUGUCGGAAAAGAAACGCUGACACACGUUGAAGCGUCGCGCACGGCUCCGGAUCGUAUUUUCAAGAUAGUUCUGGUGGGGAAUUCAGCUGUGGGGAAAACUUGCUUUUUAAAGCAAUUCUGCGAAGAACGUUUUUCUCCAGGCACGGCUGCUACGGUCGGUGUGGAUUAUUCGAUGAAAACCGUGAACCUGGAAGGCAGCCAGGUGGUGCUGCAACUCUGGGACACUGCUGGACAAGAAAGGUAUCGCAGCAUCACCAAGCAGUUCUUCCGGAAAGCCGACGGUGUCGUUGUGAUGUAUGAUGUAACCGCGCAAGACACCUUUGUGUCUGUAAAGCAGUGGAUGGUGAGCGUCGAGGAGGCAGCCGGGGAGAACAUUCCUGUCCUUUUGCUUGGCAAUAAAAUUGACAAGGAAGAAGAACGAGAAGUUCCUAAGAGAUUGGGAGAACGCCUAGCCAAGGAUUACCGUUCGAUUUUUUACGAAUGCAGCGCCUUGACGGGGGAGAACACCAGAGCCUCUGUACUGCACCUGGCCAGGAUUUUAAAAGAACAGGAAGACAACGUGAAAGAGAAAACUAUUCAGCUGCAGCAACAGCCUAAGAAAACAUCUUGUUGUUCCAGACAAUAAAGCGCACGUAGAACUCCCUUUAAUAAAUAAACACAACCGUUUUCAUCUUUUCCUA